UGAAAGAAAUAAAAUAAAGAAAAUAUAAACUAAAAAUGGCAAAUGAAAAACUAAACAGUGGGAACUCCAGAGAGCAAUUCACGAUUAUGAUGUCUGGGUUAUGGAGAUGGAAAAAGAUUCAAGAUUUUGCAAGAAUUUCAGCUUUGCAUACAUUUUCCGGCGCCGGAGGUGGUAAUAGUCCGUGCAUUAGACGCCGGACGUUGACCGGAGUCCAGGCAAGGUUGGUGAGCGGAGGUGGUGGUGGAGAUGAUGGGAGAACUACGGCGGUGACACGUAGGAUUAGAGCUGAAGCUAAUUGUCCUAGGUGUUCUAAACAGAUGAAUCUUGUGUUUUCGAAUAAUGGGCAGUUAAUUCCGCCGGCAGGUUCUGAUGAACCGGAGGUGGCGCCACCGGAUAUUGGUUCUGAUGGGAACCGGAAACCGGGUUAUCGGGCGGUUAAUCUUUGCCCGAAUUGUAAUACUGCUUAUUAUUUUAGGCCUUAUAAGAUGGUUCCUUUGCAAGGUAGGUUUGUCGAAAUUGGUAGGUUUAAGAAUAGUAAUAAGAGACAGAGUGGUCACAAUAAUGUUAAUGAUGAUGGUGAGGAUGUUUAUGGAAAUAAGAUUCGGGCUUCAUUUUGGGAAACAUUGAGGACUUAUGGUGGUGAACCACCUGAGAAUUGGACUAAUGGUAAUAAUAAUAAUAAUAAUGGGCUUGCAGUGCAUACUCCACCGGGGCCUCCUUUUGCCCCUGGAGUUAACGUGGUACGUGCAGGCGGUCCUGGUGGUCCGGGUGGAGAUGGGAAUGGAGGAGAAAAGAAUGGGUGGGGUGGGUCGAAUUUGGGCAAGAAUUUGCCUACUCCAAAGGAAAUUUGUGAGGGACUUGAUAAGUUUGUUAUCGGUCAACAACGUGCCAAAAAGGUGCUUUCGGUGGCUGUUUAUAACCAUUACAAAAGGAUAUAUCAUGGCUCUUUACAGAAAAAUCCAGAAAAAUCUAAGACCGAAGAUGAUGAUGAUAAUGUAGAUUUAGAAAAAAGCAAUGUACUUCUAAUGGGCCCAACUGGCUCGGGAAAGACAUUACUUGCAAAGACUCUAGCUCGUUUUGUCAAUGUUCCCUUUGUCAUAGCUGAUGCAACAACAUUGACUCAGGCUGGUUAUGUUGGUGAUGACGUUGAAUCUAUAUUGCACAAGCUACUUACGGUUGCUGAAUUCAACGUUCAAGCAGCACAACAGGGGAUGGUUUAUAUCGAUGAAGUUGAUAAGAUAACUAAAAAGGCCGAGAGCCUAAACAUUAGCAGGGAUGUCUCUGGUGAAGGUGUUCAGCAAGCACUACUUAAGAUGCUGGAAGGAACUAUAGUGAAUGUGCCUGAAAAGGGGGCCAGGAAGCAUCCUCGUGGCGAUAACAUUCAGAUAGAUACAAAGGACAUCCUUUUUAUUUGUGGCGGUGCAUUUAUUGAUCUGGAAAAAACUAUAUCUGAGAGACGGCAGGACUCGUCAAUAGGUUUUGGAGCACCUAUUCGUGCUAACAUGAGAAACGGUGCACUCACAAAUGCUGCUGUUACAUCAUCGUUACUUGAAUCUGUUGAGAGUAGUGAUCUUAUAGCUUAUGGACUCAUACCCGAGUUCAUAGGACGAUUUCCCAUUUUAGUUAGUUUGUCGGCUUUAACCGAAGAUCAACUUGUUGAGGUCCUCAUGGAACCUAAAAACGCUCUAGGGAAGCAAUACAAGAAAUUAUUUCAGAUGAACGAUGUCAAACUACAUUUUUCGGAAAAUGCACAAAGAAUAAUUGCUCAAAAAGCAAUGGCCAAGAAUACUGGUGCUAGAGGGUUAAGAGCCAUACUUGAAACUCUUCUAACCGACUCUAUGUACGAGAUUCCAGAUGCCAAGACGGGAAAGGAUAGAGUGGAUGCUGUUGUGAUUGAUGAGGAAUCAGUUGGCUCAGUAGACUCGUUCGGAUGUGGCGGAAAAAUACUUAGAGGGGAUGGUGCAUUAGAAAAUUAUCUUGCAUUGGCAAGGUCUAAAGAACAACCGGAUAUUGACGGAGAAGGCGAAGAAGAGACCUCGUCAAAAGCCAUGAGUAUGUAACAUUAGAAGUAGUACACCAAAAUUUGACCUUUUUUUCUCAUUUAUUAGCUGCACUGUGAAAACCCGCUUGGUGUAAUUAUACCUCAGCGUACAACAUAAUAGCACCCGAUUCGGGUUUUGGCCUAUAGAGAUGAAAGAAAAGUAAUGAAAAAGAGGUGGUGACAAAGAGUAAAACAGAGGAAAAUGUAACAUUAUUGUUUGAUCUGUACAUUGUACAAAUAAGCUUUGCAAAUCAAGGAUUGGCCCAUUUUAUA